GGUCCCGGCCCGGUCAUGGCGGCCCGGCGGCUCCGCGGCGCCCUCCAGCUCGGGGCGCGGCAGCGCCUGCGGGCCGCGGCGGCCCCUCCCGGCAGGCACACGGCCCUGUGUGGCCUCCGGCUCGCUGUGGCCUGGGAGCCCCGAGCCCAGCCCAGCCGCAGCUUCCUGAACCUCACCAACAAGCGCAAGGAGUACUCAGAGCGCCGCAUCAUCGGGUACUCCAUGCAGGAGAUGUACGACGUGGUGGCCAACGUGGAGGACUACAAGAACUUCGUGCCCUGGUGCAAGAAGUCCGUGGUGGUGUCGCGGCGCUCGGGCCACGUCAAGGCGCAGCUGGAGGUGGGGUUCCCGCCCGUGCUGGAGCGUUACACGUCCAUCGUCACCCUGGUGCGGCCACACCUCGUCAAGGCCGUCUGCACCGACGGGCGCCUCUUCAACCACCUGGAGACCAACUGGCGCUUCAGCCCCGGCAUCCCCGGCUACCCCCGCACCAGCACCGUGGAUUUCUCGAUCUCCUUUGAGUUCCGCUCCCUGCUGCACUCCCAGCUGGCCACCAUGUUCUUCGACGAGGUGGUCAAGCAGAUGGUGGCCGCCUUCGAGCGCCGCGCGGCCAAGAACUUCGGGCCUGAGACCCGCAUCCCCCGGGAGCUCAUGUUCCACGAGGUCCACCAGACGUGAGGGCAGCCGGGCCGGGCACCCCCGGACUGUGCCGGGCCCGCCCCGAGCCCACCCCCCAAAAUAUUUAUAUUCGAGUGCGUCUCCGCUGCCGUUGCCUCAACGUCCCCCCGGGGCUGCCGUGAGCCCCCGGCCCCAGGAGCUGCGUCCCGGCGCUGGACUCCCUGGUUUUGUAGCUGAUUUGGGGGUUUAAGUUUUGUUUUAGUUCUUGGUUUUUUUUUUUUCCUUUUGUUCUUCUUUUUUUUUUUUGUUUUAACCCUUAUUUUUGGUUGGUUUUGGUUUUUUACCUCCUCGGCCAGGCUGGAGGGCCCCGGGUGGGGGCAGCUCCGGUGCCUGGGCCCCCGCCGUGCUCCGGGAGAGCGGGAGGACGGGGAGGGGGUUUUGUUGUGGGGUGGGGGCGAGGAGGAUCCUACCCGGAGCUGCCGGGACUUCCCCCCCCCCCCCAGUUUCCUCCCCAGCUCUUCCAGGAACAAAAGGGAAGGAGCCAGCGCAGGGAGGAGCCCCCCAAGAGCCCCCCCCCGACGUCGCACACUUUGCACAAGCCACACGCACAGGGUGGGGAGGGGGCGGCUCCCGCUGCCGCCCCCCCCCCCCCGCCGCCCCCCACCCCCAGCACCCUCCGCAGGGACCACCACGGUCCCGACCCCACCCCCAGCUGCCCCCCCCGACCCCACUCGCGGUUCCUCACCUGUGGCGGGGGGCAUGGGGAGGCCUCGGCUCCCCACCCGGCCAUGAAGCCCCCCCCCACCCCGGGAGGGUGAGGGGCUCCCUGAGCCCCCCCCUCCCGAGCCCGCCCUGGCCGUGCUGCCCGAGGAAGGGCUUUUACAGGCCAAUAAAGAGCAUUUUCCAAGGGUCA